AGAGCAUCUUGCGUGUGAUCGUCAUCGCACGUGGAACGCGCUCAUAUGAAUACAGAGACGCGCUUUGAACAACCUGCGGCACAGCAGAGUUUAGACUCACCCAUGCACGCUGUGACCAAUACGCUCCAAAGCAACGUUUCAUCUGAGUGGAAUUUAAAAAGGCAUUGACUCAAAUACAUUAAUUUGUGAUUUAUUAUUAAGGAAAUACAAUCGAGAAUGGAUAGUUCCGAAGAGGUACAGUCCAUUUCCGAAGAAGCGAGCUCUCCACUCGAGCUAAAAAAAGGAAUGUCAAUUUUUCUUGAUAUCCUUCGGAGAGCUGAUAAGAAUGAUGAUGGCAAGCUCUCCUUGGACGAGUUCAGGGCCUACUUCUCCGACGGGGUGCUGACCGCCGAGGAGCUGAGGGUGCUCUUUCACACCAUCGACACCCACAACACAGAUAACGUGGAUACUGAUGAAUUGUGUGAGUACUUUUCCCAACACCUGGGCGAGUACGAGAAUGUCCUCGGUGCAUUGGAAGAUCUCAACAUGUCCAUCUUGAAGGCCAUGGACAAAACCAAGAAGGAGUAUCAGAACUCCACCCAUCUGGAGCAGUUUGUGACACGCUUCCUGCUCAAGGAGACAGCCAAUCAGCUCCAUUCCCUGCAGAGUUCCCUGGAGUGUGCCAUGGAAACCACCGCCGAGCAAACUCGCCAGGAGAAGCAGGGCCCGGUGAAGCCAGAGCAGCUGUCCAUCCAGUGGUCGGGCCGGCGGUCCUACCGGAGGCUCCAGAGGAACAGCAGCCUGUCCCCCAACAACCCGCUGCUCAGCCUCGCACACUCCGGUGUGUAUGAGGAAGACAGCCAAUGGUUGACUCAGGUGAACAGACUUCAGAAGCUUAUCGACCGUCUCGAAAAGAAGGAGAUCCGCCUGGAGCCAAUGGAGGAGGAGGUCCUAGAAAGCACCAACAAAUCGCACAUCCUGAUGGUCCAGCGGCAGCUGUCGGUGCUGGAGGAGGAGCAGGAGGAGUUCCGUCUGGCCCUCAGACAGUAUAUGGAGAGCGCCUGCUCCCAGACGGGCUGCCUGCACAUCGCAGUUCAGCGGCUGGCGAAUGAAUCACGCUUCAUCCUCUAUGAGUUCUGGGAACACAACAACGUGUGGAAGAAUCACCUGCAGACAAACUACAGCAAGAGCUUCCAGCGGGGGAACGUGGACUUCCUGGAGACCCCUGAGAUGAUGACCACCAUGUUGGUUCCUGCCUCCUGGUGGGUCAUCAACAACAACUGAAUGUGGAACCAGUACCACAGCACCUGGUCAGGCGCCAUUUUGGAUCGAGAUGAAACCACACGAUCUACUGUUGUACCAUCGGCAUCAGGAAACUCACCCCUCCCUAACACUACAGCAGCCAACGCUGACAAUGCACACAAACACACACGCACACACACACAAACACUUUGUGUGGUCUUGGUGAAUAGUAUUAGUAGCCAAUUUUUACUUCUUAGAGCCUCUGUGCGAUCGUCUAUUAUAACAAUCAUAGAGUGCAACCUUUACAGUCUAUGAUUACAGCCUAGAGGAAGUUAAGAUUCUGAAGCAAUGACUUCUUCAAAGCAGGUCGGAGUCUGUAGGACCUGACAUCUUCACUGUGUUUGCAGUCACGUUAGCAGCAUCGACACCUUGGCUUUGACGUUCAGCGUCCUGAAUAGUUUGUCUGAAAAUUACAAUCAUUGAGUGUCCAAUAGUAUGGCGUAUUGUUGUAUAGAGAGAGAGAUUGCAUAUGUGUGUGGGUGAGAGUGCGUUGGAUAGAGAGGGAGAGGGAAUAGUAUGAUAGUCAAUCGUAGCAGUCCUGGAGACAUCAAGUUAGUCUUCAUUCUGUUGUAAAGCUACUGUCUUACCACUGUCAUUAAUAAAGAUAAUCUAUUGUUUGUAUUUGA